CAAUCUCAUCUCCUUCACUCAGAACCGGAAAACACAGCGAGAAUGGAAUGGUUAUGUUUUGGCUUGUUCCUUCUUUGUAGUGGCCAUGUUGAAAACCUGCCUGUACCAGUACCAUUUCCAUGUCAGUAUGACACUUGGUAUGCGUAUCAAGAAUGCUGUAAUAGCAGCUGUAUACAAGAAGGCCCUAACAAUCAGUAAUGAAGCCAAGAAAGAAUCCACUGUUGGAGAAAUUGUCAACUUGAUGUCUGUUGACUGUCAGAGGAUACAAGAUGCAACAGGUAGCAUAUUUCUUGUUUCAUCACGGUUAAUUCUUCAUGUUUUUUUCCAGCUCUUUCCUUCCUUUUCUCCUGCUUUGUCAUUAUUUCUUGCACUGUACAUGUUGUGGGGCACACUGGGUCCUUCCUCCAUGGCUGGCCUGGGUGUCCUGGUUCUGCUGAUGCCCAUCAAUGCCUGGGCAGCCUACAAGCAAAGAGCUUACCAGAUGCAGCAGAUGAAGACUAAAGAUGAAAGAAUCAAGAUCAUGAAUGAAGUGCUGAAUGGUAUCAAGGUGUUGAAGCUGUAUGCUUGGGAGGAGUCAUUCCAAAGCAAAAUCACAGACAUCCGCAACCAAGAGCUGAUCACUCUCAAGAAAACAGCCUACCUGGUAGCAGUCACAAUGUUUGUAUGGACAUGUGCACCUUAUGUGGUUCAGCUGGUCUCGUUUGGUACGUACAUUGCUGCAUCAGACAUUGGAUAUCUGGACCCAGCCACAGCUUUUGUCUCAUUCACACUGUUUUCCAUUCUCAACCAGCCAAUGACAUUUUUACCCAUGGCCAUUCCAUUCCUUAUCCAGGUAUGCUAG